AUGUUCCGCAGAUUUCACAACGUCAACAUGGAACGCCUUCUAAUAGAGCUUCUAAACAAUAUUUGCGGAUCACUCUGCAGGUACGGCAAGCCAUGGGAGUUCGAGGACGACGUCGAAGGCCGAAAGCCCUGCGCCUCUCACCUCACAGCGAGUGCGGUCAAAGACAUCAUGAGUUUCCGGCUUGUCUCGGUCACAUUCCAGCACAUGUCGGAGCCUCACUUCGCCAAAGUUAUAACCAACACGACAUUCGGCAUGAAGCGGCUCGAACACCUCUCGCACUUCGCGCAAAGCCGCUUUGGGCCGAUGAUGCGCGUCCUUACCCUGUCCGACGACAUCUAUAGCCUAGGCUUCUGUCCCACAAACUACAACGAUCCACGUGGAAACGUCAGCGAUCGCUGUGACUGCGAGACAUGCGUGCAGUCUGGCCCGGACAAGAUUACUGCUCAGCUCUCAGAUGUCCUGAGGAACCUGACACGCUUGGAAGCGAUCUUCGUUGGACAAUGGUUAGGCAACACGCUCUUUCGCCGUUUGCGGCAACGUGCGGCUCUAAUCUGCUUUUACGGGGCACUGGGUUCGGCGCCCUCGAUUCUCAAGACCCUCGUUCUUCCCACAGCCGUCAGCUUUCUUUACAACUAUUUCGCGGCCAACAUAGCUCCGUUCGUGGUCCUGCCGCCAUCACCGCUCCCCAACGUCACGUUCCUGGAGAUGGCAUCAUCCUGCGACAUCGACUGCUGCGACGACGAUCCCAGACUCUGCGACUAUCUACACAUUUUCCCGCGCCUCUCGACGCUCUCGCUCCGUCUGCCUCUGAGUCUGCAUGUCAUGAGAAAGCAGCUCCGCGACCUCACGGCUCGACCAAUCUUGCAUCUACGCAAGUUGAAGAUUUCGCUCCAGAAUAUGCAGGAGGACUGUGAUGACUGGACUUUGGAAGCUCUCUUCGACUUUCUCCACGCGCAUGCAUCCACGCUUAAGAGUCUGCAAAUUGGGUGGACGUCGGGUUCUUGGCAAGAUGUGGAGCUGGAGCUGAAGAUUAUAAAGGAAAUAGAACGGACCCUGGACUUGUCUUUCCUGUCGGUUAUUUGGCGCUAG